UCCUCUUAUCUAUUCGAUCUCCUUUGUGGCUUUGUCUGCACUUCUCACUGCUUGCUUUUAGAGCUUUUUGGCUUCAAGUUUUUUCUCCCAGGUUCGCAGGAAUCGAAAAUUGUGUGCGUUUUCGAAGAAAUUUUGGUAUCAAGAUAUCAUCUAUGUAAAUUCAUGGCUUUUUACGCAACUUUUGUCAGGAUUUGAGCAUAGCUUGGUUUGUGCUAUUGAUACGAUCAUACGAUCAUACGAUGCCUGUACAGCUGCGCCAUGUUUCGCAGUUGGACAACAGGCGGUUUCUGGAGAGUCUGCCCAUUGCACCUCGACAACGGGAAGACGACGAACGUACGAAGGAUUACGAUCCAGGGCACCGUUUUGUCACGAAUGGCGCCAAACGAUCCAACGGGACCGGGUCAUCGACGCCGAAAGGCGGCUAUGCGCGUUUCAUCGCGCUUAUGGUGGAAAAAGAGUGCCGACGCGGCGUGCGACCAGAGGAUUACGCGAAUGCCAGAUAUGGCAAAAUGUGGCAAGGAAUGAAGAGUGAAGAACGGGCAAAACUUAAUUGCCACUCACCGGAAGAUAGCGACACCGAGGAAUUACCAGAAAGAAAGCCCGAAGAGAUCCUUGCUGAAUAUGUAGCAAAAUGUGAUGCUUUGGACGAUGUGCGGAAGAAGGUCGGUCUGAAGGGGAUGUCGGAUCUGGACGCGAUGGAGCUGUUCUACCCGUCUGCGCCGUCGGAAUUACCGUAUAUUCGAGGCCGUUUUGCUGCGGAGGAUGUUGGGACACUGCGAGCGCUGUACAUUCUUGAGCAAGCGGAGCAGAGGGAUACGGAGGAAAAGUGGAUGGAUCAGCUGGCGGAGCGAUAUUUACCGCACAAUUUCCUCUCUCAGCGUAUUUUCGUGUUUUCAUGUAUUCCUUUGAGCAGUGACCCCAACCCUGUGAGGUGUGUGCAUAAUCCUCUGGAAUUUUACUUGACUUCGUUUUCUCUGCAAAACGGAUUGGAUGAUUUGGCCUAUCAUUCGUUUGUGCUGGCCGGCGACGCACUGGAUUGGAUGGCUUAUCAAAAGAACAAAGGCAACACACUGAAAGCGGAUGAAUUCAAACGGGCAGUCGAAAAGGCUAGUGAAGCCGCUUGGAAACAGGCGCAUUUUCACCAUAACAUCCUCUACGAAGGUUUCAUUCCGUUUCAUCCACGGUAUGAACUGGACUGCAUCGAACUGGAUCGACAGUACGAUGGCUGGGACAUCGCCGCUCUCAAAAGCAUAAAUCGCAGCUGCAAUUAUGUAGAGAUGUUCCAAACCAUUACAGAGUUAUUACGCGACAGUUCCGGAACCGAUGAUGUGCCACCGUUAAUUUUUACGUUACUAAAAGACUGUGAGAUGGUGAAGGAGUGUUUGGUAUGGCUGCGUGAAAGAGCUGUAGAACAAGCAGAGGCCAAUAACAUUAAGACAGAUGUCAUAUUGGAUUUGCCAUUGGUGUGUUCUCUGGAACAUCUACUGUGGCAUAUCUUUGGCUUACUCGGUAUAUCGUGUGACGAGAAGACGAUCGAAGAGGGCGUGAAUGUUGAGAACCUCAAGGAACCCUUUGGAUUGCAACGGUGCGCUUACCACGAAACUCGCCCUCCUGAAAUUGUUUGUGCGCGUUCCAAGGCGCUACUCACUGUAUACAAUGUGUUCCAGCUGAUGAAGGACCAAGCAGGAAUUUCGCUCUCUGUAAAACAUCGUCCGGCGGGUGUAGAUGACGAGUGCAAGGUAGAUACGGACGAAGUUCGUUCAGAAAGUGAAACACUGAGUCUAAUUUUGGAUGUUUAACGACAUAUUGUAUUCGAUUUUUAUCCUGAUGUCAUUAGCCUCAAGUUUUAUGCUUUUAAUCCCCUUACAAUGGUACGCAGUUAUUCUGUUAUUAAGGCUUCUCUUUUGUUUCGAUUGAGUUACAGAUUCUUACGUUGUCCACAUUUGCCACACUGUGAUAACUUUAUUACGAUCUCGCUAACGUUUUUAUAUUUCUGGAAGUCAGCCGACUUUCGAAACGUGAAUUGUAACUGAUUAAGCAGUGAA